AUGGAGGAAGCCGGGUUCGGAUCGGUCCCGGACGCGAGCGUCCUUGACAGCAUUCUGGAGUACGAGUCCCAGGUACGCGGUUACACCCAGCUCGGGGUGGAUUUGUUGGCAACUAUUGUCUUUGUGAGGCUCGCCCUCAGCUUCAUCACGCUGCUGUGCGUGGUCGUGUGCCUCUCCUACGGCGUCGCAGGCCUGGUGCGCCGCUCCCCAGAGUGUCUACACACGUCGAGCCAGGCGAGCAUCGUGGCGCUGGCGUUUGUCUUGUGGCUCCUGGGGUACAGCGCCUUCUUCCACGACCUGUGGCUCGAUACCUACACGACCUACCUCAGCGUCGAUGGCGUUGUGACCUUGUCAGGCGAAGGCACGCAGCCCCUGGCUGUCACCUUGCUGUCUGGAUGCUCCGCCAACUCGCAGGCCACCAUCCCGAUCGCUGCGCUGACCGCGCCGCUGACGUCGGUCUUGGGGAACUUAGGCGCGGCGACGCUGACUAAUUUUGCUGACGCGCCCGUGUCCGCUGAGGAUGUGCAGAGGUUUGCCCAGGAGGUCGAGGUGCAGUUGGAGUCGUUGCAGCACUGGAUGUCUCAGAAAGACGCUCGGCCCGAGGAAUUCGGCAUGGGUCUCGUUGAAGGUGUCACCACGGAGCAGUUUGCUCAGGCCCUCGAGGGAGGCAUUCUCAUCUUGCGUGUGCUCCUCGAUGCUGUAGAAUGCAAGCAGAUCGGCCCGUUCCUGAGCGAUACGCAGCGGCGCCUGGACCGCGAGAUACUUCCGCCUAGCUGGGGCGUCGUCUACGUGGAGUACGCACUGGCAAUAGUGUUGCUUUUCUGGGUCAUACUCGCCAGAGUCACGUCGUUUGUUUUUCUGCGCCCUCAUAAGAUAUACCACGACAAGGUAUCCCGGAGAUGGUUCCGGUUCAAGUAUUGCUACCAUGUAUCGGUCAAGUUGCGCAAGGCGUCCGUUGGCCGCCGUUUCCACGCUCAUAGGGUGCAGAGACACGUUUGGAAUGUUUUGGCGUUCUUCGACGGAGUGUUGCUGUUGAACACCGUGAUGACCGCGGUGCUCUUCACAGGCGGUGUCAUGCUUCUGUUGCUGGAUGCCUCCCUCAACCCAACAUGGCAGUGGGCGAACGCUGGGGCUGGCCUGUUGAUUACCUCCUCGAUGUUGGGCUUUGCAGGCGCAUGGAAAGAGUUGGGCGCCUGGCGAAACAAGGCGCUUCGUGUCGCUGGCGUGCUUGCUUUGGCAACUGCGACGGGGUGCCUCGCUUAUUCCGCGACCGACACUGCCUUCCGGCAGCUGGAGUGCAUUGAGAAGGUUGGUUACGACCCUACGCGUGUGGGGCCCACCGAGCAGAUGGCGUUCGAGAUGACCCGCGCGGCGACUGAGUCGGCGAAUGGAUGGACUUUGGACGUAACAGGUCAAGGCCUGUCCGAAGGUGACGGGCUGGCCCUCAUCAAGGGGUUGGACAGUUGCCCUCCAGCUGAGGGCGAUCCGCUCGAUGCCCAGUCGCUGGGCGCGACCUCGUUCGGCCGCCGGCACCCGUUUCAGACUGCACUUGGAAGCGGGACUUUCGGCCUUUGUUGGUGCCCUGUCAGUAGCGGGUGCCAGCACGCCGAGGAUUACAAUAUUUUCGCUGGCCAUUUGUAUGUUGACCAGCAUGUGGACAGGUUUGAUACCUGCACGCUGGAGGUGCUUGCAGGGAUGUCCCAGGGCGGCUUGGCCAUAACAGUUAUUAUCCCUUUCUGUUUACUCCGCAUAGUGCUGGGCACUGCAACCCUGUUACACUGCGUGCACUCUGCGCACAUCACGGACCGCCAGCGCCUGGUAGCACAAACGGUGGGCGGUGAGAACAGUACAAACCUGGACGAUUUCAAGGGGACUCGGUCUAAGCCAGAUCUUAGACGGCUCAAGCCGUGGUGGUUGCGGCUCAAGUGGUUCCAUUGGGUGCUUGCAUUCUGCGUGCUCGCCUCGUGGGCCAGCGGAAUCGUUUUCUUGCUCGUCAUCUCGCAAGAGCCCGACACCCAGUGCUACGCGAUUCGUGGAUGCAGUGCUGAGGCACCGCCAGCGAUUGCAGAGACUCCCACCCUGCAGUCUUGCCCGACGUGCUGCAACCUCCAGGAGGCCACCUGCGGGAAGCGCGUCGACCAGGCGGCUUUCGCCACGGUCCACAAUGCCAUGUCUUCGAAGGAACUGCAGUGGAAUUUCCCCAACAAUUUGGCCGAUUGGCGCAAAUCUCUGUCUGCUGGCGUUAGGGGACUCAUGUUUGAUCUGCAUUAUCGUUGGCCCCCGAACGCAAGCAGCGAUGACCUGGCCGGACCAGGCGCGGUGUAUCUCUGUCACGGCUACUGUGGCUUUGGUAAUUCCAAGUUUGUUGAUGCGUUGUCUGUUGUGAAGGAGUUCUUGGAUGAUAAUCCACGUGAGUUGGUCGUCUUCAUCCUGGAACAGUACGUGGCCUCUUACGACGUGAUCAAGGAAUUGAGCAUAUCUGGACUUAUGGCGUACUGUUGUUAUGGCCAUCCAGAUGUGUCCCAACCCUGGCCGACUGUAGAAUCGCUGAUCAAUGGCCGCAAGCGCUUGCUGCUGUUUUCUAACAGGGCCGUAGACUACAAAGGUCGGGAUCAUAACGGCGAUACACUAACACAACAUGAUUUCGGUGUUGAUUUUGUUGCGACCACGAGCGUGAAUUGGUGGCAUACGACUAGAGAAUAUAUGGCGACAACGGCGUACGCAUACACGAAUGAGACCACGAUGACAGACGAUUGUUCGCUAGACAGAGUUGAGACCGAAUUCGCGAUCACGGAUUUUUCUGAGACUUCCCAGUCUCCCGAUUCAUUAGGAGGUGCCGCUUAUCGCCUUAUCGUUGCCAACCACUUCAUUUCAAAUCCAUUGCCUUGUGAGGCCUGUGCGGCAAGCGCCAACCAGAAUGCGAGCCUGAAGAAUCGAAUGUUGUCUUGCAGCGAUCGGUGGGGCCAUCAGGUGAAUUUCCCUACCGUUGACUUCUGGUCCUUGGGUGACAUUGUUGCAGUCUGCGGGCAUUUGAAUCAGAAAAGUUGA